AGCAUGUAGAACUCUUCACCUGAGGACCUCUGAGCAAAUCAGAACCACCUCUAACAACAGCGUCUGACAGUGAUGAAGUGCAACCAUCUCUUCUCGUGGGCAUUUGUGCUCAUGGCCUCUGGCCCACUGCUGGCCCACCCCAUCACAGAAUCUGCUGAGAUGCCCUAUCCAGGACCUGUAUCAGUGGAGGACCGAGGAAUGGACACGCUGGACGAUCUGUCUCUUUCUGAGCAAACCUUCCCUCCACAGGAUGCUGCUGGUCUCAGAUAUUCUACGCUGAUAUCUGGAGAGAUUAACAGAAAUGGUGUCAGACAAACAAGUCUGCUACCAAGGGGGAUCAAAAGAGAGGUGUUGCUGGAGAAACAAAGUCUUCUAAAUCCUUUCAGUCACAUGUUGGGCAUCCGGAAACAAUUCAGGAAGAGAACGGGGAAUUCAGAGUGUUUCUGGAAGUACUGUGUCUGA